UGACGUCCCAGGGGGCGGAGGGGCGACCGACUGACUGCACGCCCUCCCCCACUCCUCUCGGUGCCCAGUCCGUGCUCGGGAGAUGCCGCUGCCGCGGUUGCAGUUGUCGCGCAUGCAGCAGCCGGUCUGCCAGCUCCACCGCCGCCGUAGCGCCGGGCUGUCCCGGGGCGCACCAGAGUCGGGCCAUGCAGCCGGGAGCGGCGCUGCAGGCCGUGCUGCUGGCCGCGCUGCUGGUGGGGCCGCGGGGCGCGAGCGGUCACCUGCUGAGCGGGCAGCCAGUCUGCCGGGGAGGAACACAGAGGCCUUGUUAUAAAGUCAUUUACUUCCAUGAUUCUUCUCGAAGACUGAACUUUGAGGAAGCCAAAGAAGCCUGCAGGAGGGAUGGGGGCCAGCUAGUCAGCAUCGAGUCUGAAGAUGAACAGAGACUGAUAGAAAAGUUCAUUGAAAACCUCUUGGCAUCUGAUGGUGACUUCUGGAUUGGGCUCAGGAGGCGUGAGGAGAAACAAAGCAAUAGCACAGCCUGCCAGGACCUUUAUGCUUGGACUGAUGGCAGCACAUCGAAAUUUAGGCACUGGUACGUGGACGAGCCUUCCUGCGGCAGCGAGGUCUGCGUGGUCAUGUACCAUCAGCCAUCGGCACCCGCAGGCAUCGGAGGCCCCUACAUGUUCCAGUGGAACGACGACCGAUGCAACAUGAAGAACAAUUUCAUUUGCAAAUAUUCUGAUGAGAAACCACCAGUUCCUUCUCUGAGGCCUGGAGGUGAGGAAAUAGAGCCAGCAAGGCCCAUAGUUCCAGAAGAAACACAGGAAGAAGAUGCCAAAGAAACAUUCAAAGAAAGUACAGAAGCUGCCUUGAAUCUUGCCUACAUCCUAAUCCCCAGCAUCCCCCUUCUCCUCCUCCUUGUGGUCACUGCAGUCAUAUGCUGGGUUUGGAUCUGUAGAAGAAGGAAACAGGAGCAGACCGACCCCAGCACAAAGGAGCCACACACCAUCUGGCCCUCUCAGCACCAAGUCGGGGACAGCCCGGACCUAGAGGUUUACAAUGUCAUAAGGAAACAAAGUGAAGCUGACUUAGCCGAGCCCCGGCCAGACCUGAAGAAUAUUUCAUUCCGGGUGUGUUCCGGAGAAGCCACCCCCGAUGACACGUCUUGUGACUAUGACAACAUGGCUGUGAACCCAUCGGAAAGUGGGUUCGUGACUCUGGUGAGCGUGGAGAGUGGAUUUGUGACCAACGACAUUUACGAGUCCUCCCCAGACCGAAUGGGGAGGAGCAAGGAGUCCGGAUGGGUGGAAAAUGAGAUAUAUGGUUAUUAGGACGCAUGGAAAAAAAAAAAAAAAAGACUUGAACUGACAAGAAUAGGGAAGAAAUGAGAAGCAAAAUUCUAUUUUCUAUAAGGAGAAUACCCGGAAGGUCUAUGGACAUGCUCAGAUCAGGUCCUGUGGUUGAGCAUGUGGCCCCCAUUAGCCCCUGUUGGAUCCCCCAAGUUUUGGCUGUACCCUUUAUCCCAGCCUCUCACCCAGCUCUACCUUACGAGAGAGAAAGUAUGUUGCCCAGGGUCUGGCACAUAGUAGAGUCUCAAUAAAUGUCAGUUACUUGGU